AUGAAGCUCGACGAGGCUGGCCUAGUCUUCGCCAGAGGCAAGUUCAGCAAUCCCCAUGCUGCCCCUAGUUUUGCUCUCCCAGCUACUUCUAUCGCAGCCUACCUUACAGCCGGUGGCGGUUCUUUCCACUCACCACACGAUGGUCCUGGAUCACCCUAUAGCGGUUCUCGAUCAGACCUGCUGAUGGACGACGUGGACUCGAACUUUGAAUCUAUUCGUGAUCAAAUGCGACGGAUGGAGGAGCGUGUGGCUUCCAUGUCGGCCAUCCAGAUGUCCGGCCAGGAUUCCGUGUCGCCGGGACUGCGCGAACAAAAUACUCGUCUCAACGCUACCAUCGCUAUUCUCGAGGAGCGUCUCAAAGAAGCCGAAUCCCGCUAUGAACGUGACUUGGAAAGUGAAAGGAACCACAUGGAGUCCCUCAUGGUAAUCUUCUCUCAGAUCUUAUCGUCUUUUUUCGGGGUUUGUGUUCUUAUUUCCACAAGCAGUCGAAUUUGCACACAAUUGCAUUUCCGCCUGCCUGCCCGCCUGCAAUAA